GGCGGGUGGGAGAGAGCGAGAAGGGAUUGUUACAGUAUUUGAUCUGUUGGUGUUGUUGGUCUGUAGUCCAGUAUUAUGCAUGAAGAGGGCUGUUAAGGUGUAAGCAAAGGUGACUUGGGUACUAGAAGGCAAAGCCAACCUACCGUACACAUCCGUAUUUCAGGCACAAAAGAAAUGCAUAUGGAUCAACAAAACCCCCUGGUGGAUGGUCUCUCUCUAAAAGGACUGGGAGAUAGUGUGCUGGUGGAGAUCGAACCACAGAGGAAAAGAAUUCCCUUUCUUAAACAUGUGGAGUAUCGGAUUAUCAGCAAGUGUUUCCAGAUUCCGGUUCACCGCAGGUUCAGUGAUUUCGAACUCUUCCACAGUCUGUUACUGCAGAAGUUUAUCUACAGGAUGGUUCCGCCUCUGCCCCCAAAAGGCAUCCUUAAAGGCGUUUUAAACUCAAUAUCAGACCGAGAGUUUUAUGACAGCCGUCGUCGUGGGUUACAAAGGUUCAUGACCUUAGUGAUCAGACAUCCAGUUCUAGCAGGAGAUGAACUGGUCAGCAUCUUUCUGCAGGCGAGCAGUGCAAUGUUGCAGGAUGUUCAACACAAGCUGCGUGAAGCGUUUAAGAAAUCAGGUGAUGAGUUCCUGACCUCACAGAUGGCUUUGCAUGGGAAGGUGUACCUGCCAGAGGACAUACAUAGCCAGGCUGCCACUAACCGAGAGGUCAUUGCAAACAUCCACAACAGUUUCCAAAAACUCAGAGAUGUAGCUGAGCGGAUGGCACAGCGCUCAAGAGAAAACUCCACAGAUCUGCUCAUGUUUGGCAAAGACCUGAGUGAACUGGGCUCAGACACAUCAGAUCUUCCAGCGAGUGCUGCGCUGGGCAAAGCAUGGACAACACAGAGAAAAUCACUCGUGGAGCUGUCUGGAGAAUUUGGCCUUCUUGCAGACAAAGCAGCACAUCAGGGCAGCAGAGAGGAAGAUGAAGUGGUAGAAAAACUGAACCUUCUCCUUGAACAGCUGCAGUCGUAUAAGGAACUGUGUGAUCGCCAUGACAACGGUGUGUUAAUAGAGCAUCAGAGGGCCUUCGAAAAGCGCAGCGGGCCUAUGGCUAGACACAUGAAGAGACACAGCAGCAUUGAGCAGCCCAAUUGUCUACUCACACAGCAGGAAAACACAAUCCUCACCAUGGAAUUGAGGAACUAUUUCUCUCUUCUGUGUCUACAUCAAGAAACUCAGCUCGUCUUUACCCAUCUGCCCCUUAUAACUAACAUACUGGGGACAUUUGUCCACUUGCAAAUACAAGGACACAAAGAGAUGGGUGAUGUUUGGGGUGACCUUCAUCCAAAACUGAAGUCUCUGUUCGACAACGCUAAUGAAGCCUCAUCUCGCUCUUCUUCUCAAACACACAUCUCUACAGAACGCAAGACUCGUGCCAUCACUUCUCCCCACAUAACCAGAAAAUCUCUAUGAGCCAUUUGUAACUGUCUCUGAGAUCAGAGUUUACAGAGUCAUUUUGUGUUUUCCUUCAAACUUUGACUUUUGUAAAUAUGGAAAUACUUAAGUAAAUACUAAAUAUGGAAUACAGUGGGCCACAAAAAGCCACACUACAUUUGAUAUAUGCAAACAUUUGCAAGACCUUUGAUCAAACCCUUAAACAUUUCUUAGAUAUUUUUGCUAUGAUUUUAACCAAUGGCCCCAAAGUAAGUUUUUGUGGAUAAAGUCACAAACCUUCACACAGGAUUUAGAUUAUAGUGUAUCACAUUGGAUGCUGUUUCGGAACAUCUCAAAGUGCAUUUAGUUCUUAUUUUAAGCAGAAGAUCUUUAUUUUAAGAACUUUAAAAGCUAUUAAAGCAGCCCUAACACACGCGGUUUCUGCCAAUCUCAUAUUAAUCUUGAGUACUAGAGCAGUAUUGCAUACUUCGUAUCUUCGAAGAGUAUUUAGUUUGAUCACAUUUAUAAAAGAUAGAUACAGCUCUACGAUUAUUUCCGAAAGCAUACGGCGGGUGCGGGGGGGAGGGGUAGGCUGAACUAAAGCACGUGCGCACCCAUUGCCAACAAAACACAGACAUCAGUUUCACUCACCGCACGCAGUUCAUGUCCGGCAUCUUUUAGCGCUGGGACGGCUCCAUAUAUCAGUUUCAAACGAUCUCCAAAUCCAGCGUUAUAUUCACCGUUUAUAUAACAUUCAUCACCCAAAUGCAGUGAACAAACAAACACCUGAACUUCGCGAACGUAUGCUCUCUCUCUCUCUCCUGCACACAAGUGAAAGUGACGUCUGCUCCUUCUCCUGCUCUCCUUGCUGCCGCGUGGGCGUGCCGUGUGCUUUUCCGGGAGAAUUGUCCAAUAAGGGACUAAGAAAAAUUGUUACGAAACAGUUUUAUAUGUUCAAAAAAAAUGUUCCGAAACCUGUACGACCAUUGGAGGAGUGUUCACAGAUUUAGUGACACUGUACAAUAUACUGAUAGAACGUUGAUUAUUGAAGACACCCUCUGACACCAACAUGCUUAUCUUUAUUCUGACGCUUGGCUUUAUAUUGUAAUUCCUUUUUUCCCCUUUUCUUCUAAUAUUGAACUACAAUAUUCAGUUGUUGCAAGAGGUUACUUUCAAAUAAAUAAU